AUGUCAGUUGUAGGCAAGAUGAAGGCCGCGUCAGAUGCGUUGAAGUACGACGAUGCGGAGCAUGACCCUGUUACCUCCGUCCUGCGCAAUGGAGACGUCCCUGAUUUCGACGACUCGAUGGACGCCGACGAGCGGGUUAUUACGGCUCUUGGAUACAAACAGGAAUUCAAACGCGAGUUCUCGCUAUGGACUACGUUCUGUGUCAGCUUUGCGGUAUUGGGACUGCUCCCUUCGUUUGCCAGCACAAUAUACUACGGUAUGGGAUAUGCAGGAACCGCUGGGAUGGUUUGGGGCUGGAUUAUAGCCAUGAUAUUCAUCCAAUGUGUUGCAAUGGCCAUGGCAGAACUAUGCUCCGCCAUGCCUACAAGCGGAGGGUUGUACUACGCUGCCGCGGUACUUGCGCCUCCAGGAUACGGGCCUUAUGCGGCGUGGAUCACUGGAUGGUCCAACUGGAUUGGCCAGAUUACUGCUGCUCCAUCGGUAGACUAUGCUCUCUCCGCGAUGAUUCUCGCUGCGGGAUCCAUUCAGAGCCCGGGUUAUGUUCCCACAAGUUGGCAGACGUUUCUUCUCACGGCCCUCAUCAUGGUAGUCCACGCUGUUAUCAGCAGUAUGCCAACAAAAUGGGUGGCGGUGUUUAACUCCUGGGGCUCGACUUUCAACAUGCUUGCACUGGUUGCUGUCAUCAUCGCCAUUCCUGCAGGAACCAUAAACUCGCCGAAGUUCACACCUUCUAAAGAAGUGUGGGGAACAAUUACCAACAUGACUGACUACCCCGAUGGAGUUGCAGUCCUGAUGACAUUUGUAGGAGUUAUUUGGACAAUGUCUGGCUAUGACUCUCCCUUCCAUCUCAGUGAAGAGUGCUCCAACGCAAAUAUCGCGUCUCCACGCGCAAUCGUUAUGACGUCGGGAGCCGGUGGGCUCAUGGGUUGGUUCUUACAAUUGGUUGUAGCCUACACCGUGGUAGACAUUGAUGCCGUGCUAAACUCAGAUCUCGGGCAGCCAUGGGCAUCAUAUCUCUUCCAAGUCAUGUCACGGGAAGGUGCGCUUUCGAUUCUCUCACUAACAAUUAUAUGUGGCUUUUCUAUGGGCCAAGGAUGUAUGGUAGCGGCAUCUCGUGUCACGUACGCGUACGCUCGUGAUGACUGCUUCCCCCUUUCGAAGUACUGGAAGCAAGUCAACGAUACCACCAAGACCCCGGUAAAUGCCGUCAUUUUAAACGCGGUCUUGGGGAUCCUGAUGUGUCUUCUAUUAUUCGCCGGCGACGUUGCUAUCGGUGCUCUUUUCUCCAUUGGAGCUAUUGCACAAUUCGUUGCCUUUGCUAUACCCAUUGCAAUCCGCGUUUUCUUCGUCGGCAACCGCUUUCGCAGAGGUCCGUGGCACUUAGGACCAUUCGGCCCGUGGAUCGGUGGGUUUGGAGUAGGGUUCGUUUUUCUUAUGGUGCCUAUCCUGUGCCUACCAGCUGACACGGGUUCAAACUUGACGCCGGACUUGAUGAAUUGGACUUGCUUGGUUUGGGGAGGACCGAUGCUCGCUGUGAGCAUUUGGUGGAUAGUUGAUGCACACAAAUGGUUCAAGGGGCCGAAGGUCAACGUGGAGCAUGCUAUACAUGGAAAUGUAAUUGAUAUUAUUGACGGAGAGCAGCAGCAAAAUGCUGGUAGACUGUCUGAUGCAUCGGCAGCUGGGUCGGGCCAUUCAUCACCCAAACUUUAG